AUGCGUUCUACUCUUCAGUACGCCUCGCUGGCGGGUCUCGUUGCCGCUGGCACAGUCUCUGCAGGCGUCGUCUCCGUUCCCUUUGAGAAGCGAUUCCUGGACAGCAAUCCGCUCCCAUCAUUGCUGCGUCGUGAUGGCACUGUUGCUCUUGAUGCCCUCAACAAUAUCACGGGAGGCGGCUACUAUGCCGAGUUCAGCGUUGGCACACCACCCCAGAAGCUGAGUUUCAUGCUCGACACUGGUAGUAGUGAUACCUGGGUCAACUCGGUAGAUGCAGAUCUCUGCACAGAUUCGAUUAUACAAGAGCAAGUUGGAGAAUCCUGCUCAAAACAAUUUGAUCAGACCAAGAGCAAAUCUUUCAAUUCAACUAGAGAGGUCUUCAACAUCACCUAUCUUGAUGGCCGUAACAUCAGGGGCAGAUACUUCCAAGACACCGUUACCAUCAACGAUGCCACGAUUAAGAACCAGAAAAUGGGUCUGGCCUUGGAGUCUGUCCGUGGAACAGGCCUUAUGGGCCUAGGAUUCAGGUCAAACGAGGCGGCUGCAAUCAAAUAUCCGACCGUCAUCGAAAACAUGGUCUCUCAAAAAAUCAUUGCCAUGCCCGCCUUCAGUCUCUAUCUCAAUGAUCUGCAGACCAGCCAGGGCUCUAUUCUCUUCGGAGGCGUCGAUACCGACAAGUUCCACGGCGGUCUCGCAACCCUGCCCUUCCAAUCGCUUCCUGCAUCCGUUUCUAGGACUUCGGAUAUUGUCAUGUACGCCGUCCAGUUGAAUGGACUCAAAGUUUCUGGCCUCGAUACUCCUGCAGUCGACGCCACCGCUAUUCUCGACUCUGGUUCGACCAUCAGUCUUCUCCCGGGCGAUGUCGUACAAGCUGUUUGGAAAGAAUUUGGCGUCAUGAACGUCCAAGGCGUUCCUAAUCCGUUUGUCGACUGCGCCAAGGCUAAUCUCAAAGAUACGUCUUUCAGCUUCCAGUUCACAAACAAGACGAUCAAAGUGCCUAUCGACGAAAUGGUCAUCAACAACUUGGCCAGCGUACAAGAUCAGAUCUUCUCGGACCCAACCUUGAAGCAGGUAUUCAAGGGCUGGAGCGGCGUUUGCACCUUCGGCAUGGCUUCCACCUCGGAUUUCGGCAUCUCGUCCGACCAAUUCGUUCUCCUUGGAGACACUUUCUUGCGCUCCGCCUAUGUCGUGUAUGACCUGCAGAACCAGCAGGUUGGCAUUGCCCAGGCCACGCUCAAUUCAACCAGCAGCUCCAUCCUUGAGUUCAAGGCAGGCUCAAAAUCUAUCCCAGGCCCCGUUUCCACAGGCUCCGAUGACAGUUCGAGUGACGAUGGUGACAGCUCAAGCAAGGGUAAGACUCUCGGCAUCCUUGACAGCUCUGACUGA